CAACUUCAUAUCAACGUGUCGCCUGAAAGCUGUUGAACUUCCCACACAUCAGGUAUAUUAGGGCUAAACUUUCUGGUCUGCCUCGUCACUCCGAACCAUACAGACUCAAGACGCUGCUACUGUCCAGUCCCUGACAUCACCCAACCAACCAUGUCUCCCUUCCUUCUGUUCUUCGUUGCCCUGGCAACCGCUUCUCCAAUGAGGAGACAGGCCCCCGGUCUGGACGCCAACAAUGACGGACACAUCGACAUCAAUGAAGUAACGGCCGCGAUGACUCUGGAAGAGGCCAUGCUUGCCCUGGACACGGACAUGGAUCAGCAGUUCACCGUUGAGCAGGCUCUGCAGUUCAUUGACCAUCACUACUUCAACGUCCUCGACACCAACCACGACCACGUCCUGAGCUUCCAGGAGCUUCGGGACGGUCUGACCAUCGAGGAACUUUUUGCCUUCUAUGACCGCAACGAUGACGGCUUCCUGUAUGGAGCGGAGGCAGACCGCAUCUAUCUGAUCUACGACGCAGUGGUGGCUGCCCAGACGGCCCCGCAGCGCAGGCAGGUUACCGACGACCUGGACACGGACGGAGACGGACAUCUGAACAUCAACGAGGUUACCGCCAAGCUGAACCUGACCGCAGUCGUGUACGCUCUGGACACUGACGGUGACAUGCAGUUCACCGUUGCCGAGGCCCUCGAGUAUUUCGACCAUCACAUGAUCAACCAGCUCGACACCAACCAUGACCACAUGCUGAGCUUCCAGGAGCUUAGCACCGGUCUGACCGUCGCCGACCUGUUCGCCUACUACGAUGAAAACGAUGACGGCUUCCUGUACGGUUCAGAGGCGGACAAGAUCUACCAGAUGUACGCCGCGCAGCAGAACGCCGCUGCCGCUAUGCCGCAAGACACCGGUAUAUUGUUCCUGAAAUCAACAGCUGACCAACCAACUAUGACUCCCUUCCUUCUGUUCUUCGUUGCCCUGGCAACCGCUUCUCCAAUGAGGAGGCAGAUCGGCGGCGAUCUUGACGCCAACAAUGACGCGCAUAUUGAUAUUAACGAAGCGACGGCCGCGCUGGAUCUAGAGGCAGUCAUGCUGGCCCUGGAUACGGACAUGGAUCAGAUGUUCACCGUUGAUCAGGCUCUGCAGUUUGUUGACCAUCACUACUUCAACCAGCUCGACACCGAUAACGACCACAUGCUGAGCUUCCAGGAACUUCGCGACGGUCUGACCAUCGAGGAACUCUUCGCCUUCUAUGAUCGCAACGACGACGGGUUCCUGAUCGGAGAGGAGGCUGAUCGCCUGUACGCCAUCUACAACGCCGUCAUCACGACCCCGAUCAACCCGCAGCGCAGGCAAGCCGUGGACGACCUGGACGCCGACAAAGACGGGCAUCUCAACAUCAACGAGGUCACCGCAAGACUCAACCUGACGGCCGUCCUGUACGCUCUGGACACAGACGGUGACAUGCAGUUCACCGUUAACGAGCUCCUGGAGUAUUUCGACCACCACACGAUCAACCGUCUCGACACCAACCACGACCACAUGAUCAGCUUCCAGGAAAUCUUGGAUGGCCUGACAGUUGCUGAUAUUUUUGCGUACUACGAUGAAAACGAUGACGGCUUUCUGUACGGUGGAGAAGAGGACAAGAUCUACCAGAUGUACGCCGCGCAGCUAAACGCCGCAGUAGAACCACUGCUGUGAUGUGGCGGUUUUCUUCAGCAGUCAAUCAGCACUAAAUGACAACUUACACAUCUACUAACCUUCCUCCAUAGUCUCUAACCCAGUUCUAACCUAGUGUCUUUGGUAGCACCAAGGUGGUCAUACCAAACCAAGGAGGUUUAAUAUGAAAAAAAAAUAUCGCAUGA